AGAAGAAGACGAAGAAGAAGUAGAACGAUUCUGCUGUUAGCUUAGCCCGAAUAUGCCUCUAAAUAUGUGACAAAUGCGAGGUUAAGCAAAUUUUUGGACACGCUUUCUACUUCAACUGUCAUAUCCUGCAAAUCAUGGCGGACUAUCAGUUUCUGGUUGAACAUGGACAUCUCGGCCGAACCGGUCGGUUGCCGUUUCUGCUGCUCUUGUUGUUAUUGUAGCUAUCGCCAGCGUUAGCUAAGUAGCUAACACUGCUGCCUUCGCUUUCAGUAUAACCGAUGUUGAUUCAUUGCUGCGGGGCGGUAAACCGCUAAAACAAGGUAACCCUGGAGCAAGUUGCAGACAUCAAUAACGGACCGUAGCAAUGUUUCUGUUACGCUUCUUAAGUAAUUAGGUAAUUGGCAUUGGGCGGUUUGUUGGCAAGGUUGUAGCGCACGGAAUUCUAACGUCAAGUGAAAUUACACAGUUACAGCUGCAUGCUUGAGAAGAAGACCACUCAACUAAAAUGGCAUUACUAGCUAAGGUCAGCUAACACACCUGAGGUUGCCAGCAGUCAGUGCUGACUACAUGUUUAGAGAUGGAGCAGCAGAGAGCAGCCGGGGAGAUGGCUCUUCUUCUUUACAGCACAUCUGUCUGAGUUGUCCAGUGGAAGAGGAAUCAUGUCUUGCAAAGCCGCAAUCAAGGACAAGAAGUCGAGCUUCAGCAAGAAGCUUUUCAGGCGAGGCUCUGUCCGCUCUGUUGGCAGUUUUAUGAGCAGAGUCCUGAGGACACUGACGGCGUUAUCACACGUUGGAUCUGAAGUGCCAACAGAAGACGACAAAGACGAUGGAGGCUUUUCAACUUUUUCAUCUGGGAGCAAAGAUGUGCCCAUGGACGAUGGGGACCUCGCGGGUUUCCUGUCAAGAGAGAGAGUUCCUGGAGUGUCGGGCCUCAAAAACCACGGGAAUACCUGCUUCAUGAACGCGGUUCUGCAGUGCCUCAGUAACACGGAACUCUUCGCCGAGUACCUGGUUCUGGAGCACUACAAAGGCGAGGAGCCGGAGGAGGGCAAACCAAAGACAAAUGGCGUACUACAUCUGCAGAAGAAGGGUCCUCUGUCCAAAGGAGAAGUUACAGAGCAGCUGUCAGGACUCGUGCGGGCUCUGUGGACGUUUGAGUACACCCCGCAGCAUAGCAGGGACUUUAAGAAUGCUGUGUCGAAAAAUGCCACCCAGUUUAAAGGGAAUGCUCAGCACGACGCUCAGGAGUUUCUGCUGUGGCUGCUGGACAGAGUACAUGAGGACCUCAACACCGUCAACCCCAACAUCAGGCCUGCUAUAAAGCCACCCAUUGAAGAAGACGAUCAAAGCUUAGAGGGGCCAUCCCCCCCCCUCUCUGCCGGGUCUUUUGUACAAGAACUAUUUCAGGCUCAGUACAGGUCUUCUCUUACUUGCCCACAUUGCCAAAAGCAAAGCAAUACGUUCGACCCCUUCCUCUGCAUCUCCUUACCGAUCCCACUGCCGCACACACGGCCCCUGUAUGUGACAGUGGUGUACCAGGGGAAGUACUCUCACUGUAUGAGGAUUGGAGUUGCUGUUCCCCUCAACAGCACAGUCUAUCGCCUCAGAGAUGCCGUGACACGUGAGACCAAGAUCCCAAUGGACCAGUUUGUUUUGACUGAAAUGUACUAUGAUGGUUUUCAUCGUUCAUUUUGCGAUGAUGACGAUGAUCUCGACAUCAUUCAAGAGAGCGAUUCUAUAUUUGCCUUUGAGACACCAGAGACCUUCAAACUGGAAAACAUACGCACAAAAAGAGGAAGUCUUCUGGCAAACCUGAAUCAUAACAACUUAAAAUAUGGGACAGAAAUCAGCAGGACAUCGUCUUUCAUGCAAGGGGCCGUGACCCCUUUAACUGCAUCACCCAAUAAAAACCUGGGACCAGAAAAAAUGAUCCUUCUGGUGUGUAACAGGGCUUGUACCGGCCACCAAGGAAAGAGGUUCGGCCUGCCGUUUGUACUGUACAUGGAGCGCACUGUGACCUGGGACGCUCUACAGAAAGAGAUCCUGGAGAAAAUGCGUCAUCUUCUGAGGCCAGGGGUCUACAUUCAGGUCGGGCCUUUCAGUCUCCGGGUGGUUGGCGUCGUCGGUAUCACCUACCUCCUCCCCCAAGAUGAGCGACCACUCUGUCACCCAACCGUGGACAGAGCAUACAAGUCCUGUGGACAAGGGGGGCCGCCACACGUGAAGAUUGUGGUGGAGUGGGACAAGGAGACCAAGGACUAUCUGUUCGGACACACUGAGGAGGAGUACAUUCCUGAUGCUGAGAGUGUGUAUCUGCACAGGGAACAGCAUCAUCAGCCGCAGGCCUGCACCCUCGCUCAGUGCUUUCAGCUCUACACCAAGGAGGAGCAGCUGGCCCCAGACGACGCCUGGCGCUGUCCCCACUGCCAGCAGCUGCAGCAGGGCCGCAUUAAGCUCAGCCUGUGGACGCUGCCGGAUGUGCUCAUACUGCAUCUCAAGAGGUUCAGACAGGAGGGGGACCGGAGGGUGAAGAUGCAGAACAUGGUGAGGUUCCCGCUGAUGGGCAUGGACAUGGCACCUCAUGUGGUUAAGAGAAGCCAGAGCAGCUGGAGCUUACCCUCCCAUUGGUCACCUUGGAGGCGCCCUUAUGGCCUGGGAAGAAACCCUGAUGACUACCUGUAUGACCUGUAUGCUGUGUGCAACCACCAUGGGAACAUGCACGGAGGCCACUACACAGCCUACUGUAAGAACUCCAUUGAUGGUCAGUGGUACUGCUUUGAUGACAGUGAGGUUUCACCAGUAGCUGACGAUGACGUGUGUCAGCAGACGGCCUACAUACUGUUCUACCAGCGGAGGACGGUUAUUCCCUCCUGGUCGGCCAACAGCUCUGUUGCUGGUUCCACCAGUUCCUCCCUGUGUGACCACUGGAUCAACAGGUUACCUGGCAGCAGGCCUGCUAGCUUGGCCUCUGGCGCCUCAUCCAGACGCACCUCUCUGGCGUCGCUGGCUGAGUCGGUGGAGUUUCCAGUAGAGCGUAGUGAAGAUGAUGGAGGAUUCUCGGUCCGCCCUUUUGUGAGGAGCAUUCAGCAUCAGAGCGUGUCCUCCAGGUCGUCCCUCGCUAGCCCUUUAGCCUUCAACGAUAGCGGCAUGAAGCCCUCUUGGUCUCUCUCUGCGAAGCUGCACAUGAGAUCCAACUCGCCCUCACGGUUCUCCCUGGACUCUCGAUGUUCCCCUCCUCUGGAGAGGAUAGGAGAGGCCUGCGACGACAAAGUUUCCACUUCCUGUUUUGGCAGCUACAGUAGACAUGAACGCUACUUUGGCAGCAGGACUCCUCUGUCUAUGAUGGAGAGCAACUUCGGUGACCAGGACGACAAUACCAGGUUCCUAGACAUGUACUGCAGGGCUCCCACUCCAGCGGAAAAGAAGAGCGCCAAAAAUGAGGCAACUGAGAACAACAACCAGAUAACAGCUAUAGACCAAAACAUUCUCCCCGCCCAAGCUACUCCCUCCAAAGAACAGAAACGUAAGAGCAGUAUCGGAGGAUUUGCCUCAAAGGCAGAAAUCACAGGCUCUUCAAAGAGUUCCAGCAAAGUGGAGCAAGAGAAAACCUCCAAAAAACGUUUGUGCUCAACCCAUAAGACCUGCACCGCUGAGACGUCUUCCAGUACUCCCGUGAAAGGCAAAAAGGCGAGCAAUACGAAAGAAAAGAGUGUAAACGCCAAGAAAAGCACCUCGACACCCUGUGGAACUCCCUCCAAAACAAAGGAGGCAGCUCAACCUGUAGCCGUAACGCCACAACGUAAGCCAUUCGUCCGCUCCACACCUCAGUCCUCAGCUUCUCCGUCGCCGACCGCAAAGAAGAACUCCGGCGUCACCGAGAAGAGCUCCGCGAGUGGUCGCAAAAGGCUGGUGGAAAGGAGCUACAGCAGAGAUUCUAUGCACACCAGCCCCCUGGUCGACGGCCUCCGAGGCAGCUUGGUAGCCCGCUCUUCCCUGUCUAAGAGCGGGGAAGGCAGCCGGCCCGAGAGGAGAUCUGUGAGGAGCUCCAGCAGCAGCUCCUCUGUCACGAGCCUGCGCUCGCCCAGCGUCUCCACCAGAGACCUGCAGCGCAGCAGCAAGUCCGAGGAGAAAGGCUUGUCCUUCUUCAAGAGCGCCCUCCGACAAAGGGAAAGCCGCCGGUCGGCUGAUUUGGGGAAAAGCACCCUGCUUGGCAAAAAAGCCUCGGAGAGGACAUGCAAGCAGAACGGACAAGCCAAGGACAUCGGCGGUGAUGCUGGAAAGACGGGAGCCGCCGUGUCUUCACAGGCCUCCACAGAGACGCAUGGAGGUGAGUCAAAGCCAGGGACAAAGGCGUCUUCCAAGCCCCCCAGCUCUCUCAGUCGCACUCUAUUAAACGUUGGCAAGUCCAAGUCUUCCACUUCUGAAGUAAGUCUCAAGUCUCCCUCUAACGGGAAGAAGCCUCUAGAAAGGACGGCCUCUUCCCGAAAGCUGUCGUCGAGCAUGCAAUCUCCUGCACGUACAACAAAGAGGCCUCAAUGAUGCACCCGUAGUUCCAUCGACCGUACAUAACGCAGCUGUUUUCUUUGUGCCUACGUUUCAGCGAGAACCAGACGUGUUUGUUAAGAGACACAUUUCUGAUGUUAUGCUUUUGCACCAGCUGGCUUUGAGGUUUGAAUAUUGGCGGCCAGCUUUGAGUGUUCUUUUCUGGACCAGUGAUAAAGUACAUCCUCUGCACAUUUAGGUGCCAAACAGUUUGUUGGUAGAUUUUAAAUCUGUGUGUGUCGUUACCAAUUACACCUCUUGAGCAGUAGGUCUGGAUUUGAUGGGAGCGAAACAGUUUCGAUGCUUUCUGGCCUUUAGGGUACAUGAGCAUGCCGUCUGCAUUCAGCUGCACAGCUCAACCUGUUUGAUUGCUUGUACUGGAGGCUUAUAUGACAGCUGACAGAAUUCCCUGUUGCAAUCUUGAAAUCCAAUUAUCUUUCCUCCAGACAGGAGGCUUGUUAUGUCUUUGAAAAGCUGCAAACAUUAAGUUUAGUUUGCAAGAUUUCCUGCCGACGGCAGCAGAUUUAAAAAAGCAGCAGCUCGUGCAUUUACAAACAUUAACGGUUUAAGAAGCCUUUUCACUUCGUAUGCACCAACAAUGCAUCGUUUGCGCCUCUGCAGAUUAGGAUGGAAAUGAGCUGGGUGUCGAUGCUGAAACCUCACUGCUGUUCUACAAGCAUUUAAAACUACAUUGGUGAGAAGCGUAACAGCAGAAACAGUCUCUGGACAAACACUGAAACUGGGUUGAUGCUCACACACACACACACACACACACACACACACACACACACACACACACACACACA